AUGACGAUGCACCACAGAGCCCUCACCAGACGAGGUGCGCUGCCCGACAAAGGUUCCGGUCUGCUCGUAGUAUUCACCGUAGAGCCUAGUGAUUACCCACCUUGGGCGCUCAGUUCAUCAUAUGGUGCGAAGGUCCUCAUAAAUGACCCAAACGACUAUCCAGAGUAUUCAUUGAUCUACAAACGGGUGUACACGGAGAUAUCCCUAGACAUCAAGGUGCAGCCUUGGGUGUUUGAAGCUGAAGACUCCCUCCGCAGCAUUCCCAAAGCGUAUCGUGGCUGUGCCUUCCACGACGAAAUCGAGCUCAAACAUACGGACAGGUAUUCUUCGGAGACUUGCGCAACAGAAUGUAAAAUGAGGAGCUAUUUGACGUAUUGUGGCUGUGUGCCGUAUAAGUACCCGCAAGAGGCAACGACUAGAAUCUGCGAGUUCAAAGACUUAGGGUGCUUGAACAACCUCAGAGCGAAGAAGUUGUCUGGGGAACAUUGUGACCCGCUCUGCUACCUGGAGUGCCGAGACAAGCAUUACCGCGUGACCAGUGACAUUAUGCCACUCGUUGCAGACUUGUACCCCGACGAGGUUAUGAAUAAUAGAAACGCAAGUGAGUUAUCAGCACUGCAGGUGUACUUCAACAGACCCACCUGCAACUGCUAUAAGCAGAUGUUACUCAUGGACUUCACUUCUUUUAUUGCUACUUAUGGGGGCAUCUUCUCACUCAGCUUUGGAGCGUCGCUUCUUACUCUAAUUGAAGUCGUUUUCUUAACGCUAAAUACUAUAGUUUAUUAUUCAUGCAAAUCUGUUUAAUUGAACAAUAAGUUUUAAAACGUAAACAAUAGAAGUAAUAAAGUGUGUGUAGUGUCUUUAGCAAUAAAGCUCAGAUACCGGCCUAGGCUUGCGGCUUCGCCCGUUAGGACUUCGGUUUUCAAGGCAAAAUUAAAUCAAUCAAUUAAAUCAAAAGGUAUCAUUAAAUUAGAUAAUUAUACAUUG